AUGGCUUAUCGUGUUCAGAACAGGAACACCCGAUCCAGGUUGCUGGGCAUGGACAGGCUGUCUCGCCGCCCGCCCCGCCAUAUUUUUGAUGUGACCUCGCCCACCAACUCUUACCUGCUCAAUGUCACCCUCGACAAGCACCUCCCUCCCUCCACUCUGUCCGCAGAGUAUGCGCUCAACCAGGCCAAGCAUCCGCUCGCGCCCAUGAGCCGCAUGCCUCUGGCGAUGCCCCAAGGCCACCAUCUCGUCUACUUCCCUACUCCCAUUAGCCCCGCGGACCUCGAGAGUGACGGCACAGACCCUUAUCAUAGUCCGGGCGGCGGCUUUACAAGACGGGUCUGGGCCGGUGGCUCCAUUGACUUUACCAGGGACAACCUCAAGAUCGACUCGACCCCUGCCGUCUGCAUCGAGACUAUCGAAAAGGUUGAGACCAAAGGCGUCAAGGAAGACGAAAAGAUAUUCCUGCACCUCCUGCGGCGAUAUAUGCCCAUGGACAUGUCCCGUCCGGGCCGUUUCGACGUGAACAACACCAACUGUCUAAGCGAGAGAAGGGUAUUGGCGUUCAUGAAGACCCUCGAGCGGCAGGACCCGUUCGCCAGCGCCCUCCAGGGCGAAGGCGACGAUGAUCAACGUUCAGAAAUGGCGAGCCGUAUAAUAAAAGCUCCCUGGAAGCCGGACGCCUUGAUAGAGACAGUCAUCACGCCUGAGAUGCUCUUCUACUUCAGCGCGCUCACCAUGAACGCCCAUGCCAUUCACCUCAACGCAGAGCGAAGUAAACGAGUUGAUGGGCACAAGGGUCUCUUGGUCCACGGGCCUUUCUGCGUCGUGCUCUUGCUUAACGCCGUCAAGUCGCUGCUGGCUCAAGGUCACAAUAGCGAGUCCAUAAAGUUCUUCGAGUACCGCAACUUUGCGCCUCUCUAUGCUGGCACUCGCAUCCAGCUUUGCGUCGGCGGGAUCAUCACGGAGCGGAUGCCCGAGUACGCAGCCACGCAUCGACGAACAGUCUGGAUCGAGGAUGAGCACGGCAGCCUGUGCGUCAAGGCAACGGCCUGGAUAGGCCCGAAGAAGGGCGUCACAGUGGAAGACCCUCCCACUUACGUCCCUCCGCCACAGCCAGCACCGCUGCCGGACUGGGUCAAUGCGCCUAAAUUCAAGUCUCGCUCAGAAGAGGAAGAUACCCAGGCGCAAUCUUCAGAGACGGCAGGGUUUCUCAAGCAUCCGUACUUGAUAGGGAAGCGGCCAGAGCCCAUCGUCUGGCACCCACCAUACAAGGGCGCUGAAGGCUUCUUUACGCGGUGGCCUUUCACACAGAAAGGCCAGCUGCGCAUGCCUGAGAAAUGGCUGAUACUGCUUCGCGAGCAGAAGAAACGCUGGGCUAUGAAAAUGGCCUCCUUUGGAGAGCGCCGGUACCUAAGGAACUAUCUCAAAGACGAAGCAAGACAGAAACAGAAACAGAAAGAAAAACAACAAAACGAGCUCCAGCGCGGUCCUCACAGGAAGAUAAACCCUGCGCGCCAGAGUCGCAAGUCGAACAAACCUGAGCGGGACAUCCUCGAACCGAUAGCCGUCGAUCCAAAACUCGCGAAGCGGUUCACAAAGCAGAUGGCCAAACGGAAACCAUGA